AGAUCAGCCAUGGUACUUGGCAGGGCUCGUGGAAACAUCUGUGCCUUGAAUGCAGGAGUUCUGCAAUCAGCACCACUCAAAAAGCCCAGUUCAGAGGUUCCUCUAGAAGCUUCUGAUGAACAGCUGUCAAGAAAAGAACCACUAAUGAAGCAAGGUUCCAAAGGGAUACCAGUCCCCUUGGCAAUUAAUGUGGUUAAAAUACACUGUCAAAAUGAAGCAGUGUACCAGUAUCAUGUGACAUUCAGCCCCAAUGUGGAAUGCAAGAGUAUGCGGUUUGGUAUGCUAAAGGAACACAAAUCAGUGACAGGAGAUGUUACUGCAUUUGAUGGUUCUAUACUCUAUUUGCCUAUCAAGCUGCCUGAGUGUGUUGAUCUGAAGUGUCAGAGGAAGACAGAUGGUGUGGAGAUCAAUGUAAAGAUUCAAAUGACCAAAAUUCUGGAGCCCAGCUCAGAUUUAUGCAUUCCAUUUUACAAUGUUGUUUUCAGGAGGGUGAUGAGGAUUUUAGAUAUGAAAGCUGUUGGGAGGAAUUUCUUUGACCCUACCAGUGCUACUGUGCUACAGCAGUAUAGGUUACAGAUUUGGCCAGGCUAUGCAGCCAGUAUCCAAAGGGCAGACGGAGGUCUCUUUCUUUUGGCAGAUGUUAUUCACAAGGUUAUUAGGAAUGAUUCUGUCCUGGAUUUCAUGCAUGCCAUUUACCAACAAAGUAAAGAGAAUUUUCAGGAUGAGUGCACAAAACAACUAAUUGGCAACAUUAUAAUUACCCGUUACAACAACAACACUUACCGUAUUGAUGAUAUUGACUGGAACAAGACACCAAAGGACAGCUUUACCAUGUUUGAUGGGGAGGAGAUCACCUUUGUAGACUACUACAGUAAAAAUUACGGGAUAACAGUCAGGGAACUUGAUCAGCCGUUGCUGAUUCACAGACCUAAUGAAAGGAAAAAUCCUCCUGGAAAGGUACAGAAAGGUGAAAUCCUGCUGCUUCCAGAGCUUUCUUUCUUGACUGGAAUUCCUGAGAAGAUGAAGAAAGAUUUCAGAGCCAUGAAGGACCUUAGCCAGAAAAUCAACUUGAGCCCUAAGCAACAUUAUACAUCUCUGAGUCGGUUCCUGGACAGAAUUGAGAAGAACGAGGCAGCUCACAAUGAACUGGCACGGUGGGGACUUUGUUUGGGCAAUGAUAUAUGUAAGGCAAAAGGACGUGUUCUUCCCAUGGAAAGGAUCAACCUGAAGAAUAACUCCUUCAGUACAUCUGAGGAGUUAAACUGGUCCAAAGAGUGUACCAGAGAACCUUGUAUAUCUGCAGUCCCUGUUAAUUUCUGGAUACUGUUUUAUCCAAAGCGGGCAACGGACCAAGCACGUGAUCUGGUUAGCAUGCUGCAGAAGAUCUCUGGCCCUCUUGGUAUUCAGUUAACCCCACCUGCUUGGAGAGAAUUGAAGGAUGACCGAAUAGAGUCCUAUGCCAAGGCCAUCAAAUCAGUACUGAGUACUGAGGGUACAGUACAGUUGGUAGUUUGUAUCAUCACUGGGAACAGAGAUGACUUAUAUGGAGCAAUUAAAAAGCUGUGCUGUGUACAGUCUCCAGUCCCUUCUCAGGUUAUUAAUGCUCGAACCAUCACAACCCAGCCCAACAAACUUAGGAGCAUAGCGCAAAAAAUUCUGCUGCAGAUCAACUGCAAGCUGGGAGGAGAACUCUGGGGUGUAGACAUUCCUUUGAAACAAUUGAUGGUGAUUGGAAUGGAUGUUUAUCAUGACCCUAGCAGAGGGAAGCGCUCUGUGCUUGGCUUUGUGGCAAGUAUCAAUCAGACUUUGACGAGGUGGUACUCAAGAGUUGUAUUCCAGAUGCCUCAUCAAGAAAUUAUAGAUAGCCUGAAAGUCUGUCUGGUGGCUUCCUUGCAGAAAUUCCAUGAGGUCAACCACUGUCUUCCUGAGAAGAUAGUCGUGUACAGAGAUGGGGUUUCAGACAGCCAGCUGAAAAUGGUUGAAGGCUAUGAAAUUCCUCAACUGCAGAAAUGCUUUGACACUUUUGAGAAUUAUGACCCUAAAAUGGUGGUGUUCGUGGUCCAGAAGAAAAUCAGUACCAACUUCUACUCAGCAGCCACUGAUCACUUCACAACUCCUCCUCCAGGCACAGUGGUAGACCACACAGUCACUAGCCGAGACUGGGUUGAUUUUUUCUUGAUUGCUCACCAUGCACGACAAGGUUGUGGCAUUCCUACUCAUUAUGUCUGUGUAAGAAAUACUGCCAACCUCAGUCCUGAUCACAUGCAAAGGCUGACUUUCAAGCUUUGCCACAUGUACUGGAAUUGGCCAGGUACUAUCAGAGUUCCAGCUCCCUGCAAGUAUGCUCACAAGCUGGCCUUUCUUUCAGGGCAAGUUCUGCACCAAGAGCCAGAUAUUGAGCUCUGUGAGAAACUCUUUUUCCUAUAG